AUGACUCGUUCUCCAUCGUCACUUGGUCUUUCAAAAAAUCCUAGAAAGUCUACAAAAUCUUCAAAAUCUUCAAAAUCCUCUGUUACAUCUUCCUCAAGUCCUCCAAGGUGUCACAGUCCAAAACCUUUAAGAUCUUCUACGAUCUCUCUUCACAAUAUGGAUCGUGAUUUAAAUGAUGUACUUCGAAAUUUUGUUGAUGAAUUAUGUGAUAUUUUUGUAAAGGCUAGGCAAGAUGGAAAAAAUGAAGCUCAAACCGUUGACAUUAUCCUUGAUUAUUUCUCUUCAAAAAAUCUUGAUUAUACUCAAGUUUUUGAUUGGCUUUUAAAUAAUACUCAUAAAGAUAAAUAUAAAACUAUUUUGGGUUAUUUUUAUGAUCAAGGUAUAGCAACAAAUCGAAAUCAAAGAAAGGCUUAUUGUUUAUAUUUAUCUGCUGCUAAAAAAGGUUAUUCAAUUGCUGAAGACUUACUUGGUGAUUGUUAUUAUUCUGGUCAAGGAACUACUAGAGAUCGUGAUAUGGCUUUUGAGUGGUAUCAAAAAGCUGCUGAUAAUGGAAGUACUGGCUCUCAAUUUAGUUUAGGAAUUUGUUAUGCUUUUGGUGAAGAAGGAAAAGGAACUGAUGAAGAUCUUGAUAAGGCUAUUUAUUGGUAUCAAAUGUCUGCUAAAAAUGGUCACGAGAUUGCGCAACGACGCGUACAAAGUCUUUUAAACUUGAUGUCUCGUAAGCCUCAUGUUGAAGACACGCUAUCAAAAGGUGUUGAUAUGGGUAUGUGUUUUAUAUAA